CUUGUUUUCUUUAAUUUCUCAUUGUUUUCUCUUCAACCGCACAAAGGAUAAACGUGUAGAUGAUUAUGACGUGGCACCAACAAGUAUAAGGUGUUAACUAGAAUGCCCGGCAGCCCGCUGCUGCCGCUGGCAACAAAUCACUGUCUUGCUCACUUCAGUCAAAUUUUUUCGAAGAACUUUUGCUUCACUUCUAAGUGAAGCAAUUCCACCAUAUCGUCACCUUCACGCAGAAACAGUAGAAUCUCGCUUCAAGUUUUGCUUGUUUUCAUUAGAUCUCAUCAAUCUUCAGCUCCAUUUCAAUUCUGAGUUUGUUUCAAGAUCUGGGUAGAUUUCAGAAUUUGGGUUCUCAAAGGUUGAGCAAAAGAGACCAUGAAAGAGACUAAUCCAGCAACUGAGCCUAUAGGGCAAAACCUGAUAAAGCUAAUAAGCAAUUUAUGUUUCUCAGUGUUUGUAUUCUUAGUUCUGAUAUUCACAGUUAUUGCAAUCACUUACCAGCCUCCAGAUCCAUGGCUGGAAUCAGCUCCUGCCCUUACUAAAUUCUUUACUCAGAGUGAAAAUGCUACUUUCAAAAAUGACAAUUCUAUCCUUAAAACUGGUGAGGAUUUACAAAGCGUGUCAGCUCCUGCAGUACCACCUGCUUUAGUGAUUGAACCGAUCACUGAACAAGUGAUUGAGAAAUCUGAGAAGGUCGCUAACAUGACCCUCCAAUCAUCUGGUUGUGAGGAUUUGCAGGUUGUGAAUUGCUCAGACCCGAGGGUUCUGAUAACAGUUGAGAAGUUCAAUUUGAAGUGGUUCAAGUCUAUUGUGUUUUUGGAAUAUCAAACCCCUGUUAAUGGGUCAAAGCCAAAUGAGUGUGAUGUGGCCUGGAGGUUUAGAAACAAGAAAGAGAAGUCAUGGAGAAAGUAUAGGGACUUUAGGAGGUUUGAGUUUGGAACUGGGAAAAAUUGUAAUAAAAUUGUGCACGCAGGUGGUUGGCAUUCAGGCAUUAAUGCCCAGAGGCAAAGGAAUAGAGUUAAUGCUACUAAGAGUGGUGGCAAUAUUCUGAAAAUUACAUCAACAUUUCGUGAUGAGGAGAUAAAUGACACAAUCCCAAGUUUGGGAUCAGAGAUGAAUUUUAGGAAAGGGAGGUACCUUUAUUAUUCUAGGGGAGGGGAUUAUUGUAAGGGAAUGAAUCAUUAUAUGUGGAGUUUCUUGUGUGGAUUAGGGGAGGCGAUGUAUUUGAACAGGACAUUUGUGAUGGAUUUAAGCAUAUGCUUGGCUGGUAGUUAUAAUCCAAGUGGCAAGGAUGAGGAGGGGAAGGAUUUUCGGUAUUAUUUUGAUUUUGAGCAUCUUAAGGAGUUGGCAUCAAUUGUAGAAGAGAGUGAAUUUUUGAGAGAUUGGAAGAAAUGGGUUCGAGCCCAUAAGAAGAAGGUGCCAGUUAGGAAGGUUGUUACCCAUAAGGUGACACCAAUACAACUGAGUAAAGAUAGGAGCACAAUUAUUUGGAGGCAGUUUGAUGCUCCAGAGCCAGAAAAUUAUUGGUACAGAGUUUGUGAAGGGCAAGCUGCAAAGCACAUUCAGAGGCCAUGGCAUGUGCUUUGGAAAUCAAAGAGAUUGAUGAAUAUAGUUUCAGAGAUCAGUGGGCAAAUGGACUGGGAUUUUGAUGCAGUUCAUGUGGUUCGAGGAGAGAAAGCACAAAAUAAGGAGCUCUGGCCUCAUUUGGAUGCUGAUACUUCACCCGAUGCACUUGUUGUGAAGCUUCAAGGGAUGAUUCAGCCUAGGAGGAAUCUGUAUAUUGCAACCAAUGAGCCAUUCUAUAACUACUUUGAUAAACUGAGAUCUCACUUCAAGGUUCAUUUGCUUGAUGAUUACAAGGCAUUGUGGGGAAACACUAGUGAUUGGUACAAUGAGACAAUGCUUUUAAAUAAUGGAUGGCCAGUUGAGUUUGAUGGAUACAUGAGAGUUGCAGUUGACACUGAGGUUCUUUACAGGGCAAAGAUGCGUGUGGAAACAUUUUAUAAUUUGACCAGUGACUGCAAGGAUGGGAUCAAUACAUGCUAAAAAGGUUGGAUGCUAGUUACUUUUUCAUAGAUUGAUUCACAUCACUUGUUUUCUUGAUACAGUUACAGAAAUAUGCUGCUAAACUCGUUUUUGGCUAGUUUGUGUAUUUCCUUGUUUUUUUUUUCUAUUGAUGAUUAGCAAUUCCAUUUGAUCAUCACAAUCCUAUAUCUGUAAUAUAAAUUUAAAUUUUGUUCUAUUAUCUUAUUAUCUUUUUUGAA